ACUAUAUUUUUAAACCUCGUUUACCUCGUGAGUGUAGGGGAACUUUUGACUCAGCGUUUAAAUUUACAACGGCAAAAGUCUCGAAACGUAAAACAGAGCUCGAUUCGAGCUCCCGAACGAAUUCGAUUCGCUGUGAAAAAAAUAAAAGGCACGCUCGCUCGAACGAGGCGUGGGUAAAGCUCUCGGCAAACCGUUUAAAUUGUUUUAAUAUCAACCUCCGCAUAUUGUCAGACGCAGCAUUUUUUAACUAUUAACAUUACAAUUUAUUGUUGUUUGAAAACCUUUGAGUUUAGUGAAUCGCCGGGUUGCGGAAGAUCGGAGGAUUCGCUGGUGUUGCCAUUUUUUUGUCCAACAGGAAAUUCUCUUUCGUGUCAAUUCGUAUGAACUGCUCCUCCCAAUCUCAAUAUUCAUCGGUUAUUGAUUCAGCUUAGAAUAUGUUUGUACAGAAAUAACAAUAGAGAAAGCGAAAUAAAUUUGCACACUGAAAAAAAAGGAUUGGUAAAAAUUCGACUCACCAAAUGCGAUCAACGAAAAUGUGUUAAAAUUCAUCAAAUUUGGUUAAACUUGAACACGUAGUAGUUGCUCUAAUAAAACCGAUUUGGUUAAUGUAACUACCUAGUUUUAUUAAUAUGAAUUACUUCAUAUUUCAUCUGAAAACUCGAUCGCUUCAUCCAGCGAGCUGUGAUAGAAUUCUAAGAAGAAUUUUGAGUGCCAGUUGUGAGAUUUCGAAAGUUUUAUUGAAAAUUUAAUUUUUUCGAGCCUCUGCCUCAAAAUUUGGGGAUUUAAUCUUCUCUCGAGAGGAAUGAUCGAAACCGCAGAGAUCGAGGCAGUACGAUCGAAUGACCGUGAAGUUAGUACGAGAAAUAAAAAGAGAGAGAGACUGAAAUUAAAAAAGAAAAAAAAGUAAGAUGGAGUUCCGUAAUACAAGAGUGCUGAAAUCCUCUUAAGGAAAUGUGCCCCGUUCUCAUCUCUCUGUUGUUCAGCCUCCUUGGAGAACUCGCGUGAUCUUGGUGUCUCUCGUUCACCUCGAACAAAAACGAAGUAACUGCGUCAUCGUAGGCCGAGAGCACCAUAAACCGAGGGACGAAUGUCGAGGGCAUAAUGCAGUUGAAAACAUGUUGCGGCUGUUUCUCUCUGAGGACAGGAACGCUUUUUGCCGGGGUAUCCUCGAUCGUUCUGUCGAUUAUUAUGAUAAUCGUGAUAUUCACGGUGCCGCGACUCGUCAUAAAAAUGAUGGUUUUGGAUGCAUUGGGCAAAGAUGUUGUCAACAUUAUUCUUACUGUCAAUCUUUGCAUGACGAUCAUCAUAUCCGCUUUCUUGAUUGCUGGUACACUGAAGAAAAAAACGGUGAUGAUGUUGCCGUGGGUGAUCCUCGGCAUAAUGUUGCUGAUCGGUGCUCUCAUAAGCGUUUUUUACACGGCAAUAAGAUUUAUAAUCGACCAUAAAGAGCAUCGUGACAACCUCGCAAAUGGAAUAAUUCUCCUGGUUCUUGGGCCAAUAGUGAUCCUGAUCUACACGUACUUCUGGUUCGUGGCGUACAGUCAUUUCCAGCAGUUGAGGAGUGAAAAAAACAGUGGCAGAAUCGGGCCUUAUGGAAGACCUUACAACUACCGAAGAGCUUGAAGAUUCAACGGACCAAAAAAGUGAAAUUCGGAGACCCGAAGGCAGACCUCUUGGAGUCAAACGUCUCGAAAAUUAUUAUUUAUUCUCAAAAUACUCCCUCGAGAGCGUUUCUCACGCUUCGUCGUAAUUUGACAACGAAAACAAUCGUGUCAAUCGUAGUCACAAUACGGAGACACUUGUCACCCAAUUUUUCAAUGUUAAGCACGAAUGUUCGAAGAACAAAAGAUUGAUCUGUAAAGACCCUUCGAGCGAUCGCUCGCGACCCUUCAGGCUACGCAAUGGUUAUAGCUCGAGGCGCAUACCGCGAUUAGUCGAGUGUUUUUCCCACCACAGAUUCCAGCAUUACGAGGCCGGGAGGAUCGCCACUUAUCGCUGCGAAAGGAAGCCGAUCGAAUCGACCUUCGAAUGCAAACGAAUGAAUGAAUCUCACACUUAAUUUAUAUUUUGCACGUCAUGUAGUUCAAAUACUAAAAAAAUUUGAUCAACCGUGAUGUACUCGUACGAGUAGAAUGCGCAAAUUCACGACUGAUAAGAUUUAUGCGUGUGUUUAUGUACCUGUGUCGCUGAGUGAGUGGGUAAGAAUCACGACAAAAUGUUUCUUCCCAACCUUCAAUUUAUCCCCACACGAUGGAUUUUGAACGAGAUCGAUAAAUCCGAAGAUUCAAUUAUCAAUUAUUAAAUUGGACUUCGAUAAAAAUGGAGUAAACUCUUUCAGAGUUUCGGAAAAUAAUUCAUUUGCGACCCAACUGAUAAGAUCGUAUUUUUCCAAGGACUACACACUGCCGAAUGCUAUUUUUACGUUUUAAACGAAUAUAGUAUAUAAAUGUAUAUCGAAAAAUACGCAAAUAAUAUAUUUCAUUAUUUAUUGGUC